ACAUUUUGAACAAAACUGUGUCUAAAAUGAUAACACCGACCUGACUAUAAUAUUUCAGAGACAGUCUAUUUUGACGUGAAUUACUGAAAUGACCUCGUCGUGUAGAUCACUUUCCUGAGAUUAAAAUCCGGAAAAUACAAACCUGCAGAUAAACGCUGGUGAACUCAUAGAUUUAUGGCACUUGAAGCCAAUUGGUUACAUGACAUCUGUGUUUCACCAUAAGAAUGGAACGCCACGUCAACCAGCCAUCUGUGCACAUGCACAAGGCAGUAUUACAAUUGAGAAGGCUGUGUUUAACAACCCUGAACACUCUUUAGAAGACCUGGAUAACUUCUCUCAUGUGUGGAUUAUGUUUCUGUUCCAUAAGAACAACAAUGCCCACACCAAGGCCAAGGUGAAACCCCCGAGGCUGGAUGGACGGAGGGUGGGGGUGUUCUCUACAAGGUCCCCCUACCGACCGAAUGCUAUAGGCCUCACCCUUGCAGCUGUUGACAAAAUACAAGGUGCCACGAUAUAUUUGAAAGGCAUUGAUAUCCUAGAUGGGACCCCAAUUCUGGAUAUUAAGCCGUACAUCCCCGACUAUGAUGUUCCUGUUACCAUGGUUACAAAAUCUGACCAAUAUCAUGAAACAGAAUCACCAAGACUUGACCCAACAGACAUUUCACUUGAGGAGGAUAAAAGUGUUGCCAACUCAAUCAGAGACCCAUGUUUGUUGAAGGAUUCCAAAAGUUUGGAAACUGAAGGGAAUCUGCCGAGUUCUUCGAAAGUUGACUUUGAAAAGACUGAUGAAGAUUCAGGGGGUACUGUGAUCUCAGGAAGUAAUCAAAGUAAUAAAUCUGAAAAUAGUUUUAACAUCCAUGAAAAUAUAACUACCUGUGAAAAGGAUGAUAUGGUAAAACGAAAACAUGGAGAUGAAGGGGAGGUAACUCCUGACACCUUGUCGUCCAGUCUCCUUUCUGUAUCAACUGAGACAAAAAGUAGUGACUGCACAGAUGUUGUGAAGACAGCUGACUGGAUCAGUAAUGUCAGGAAGCUGAGAGUCCGGUUUACACCAACUGCAACUGAGCAGCUUCAGAGGUUUUCAUCAGAUUCGCCUGACUCCAACUACAGACUGAAUCUGUUCAGCUGUGUAGGUGAUGUUGAAGCUGCUAUACAGGAGGUGCUGAAUGAAGACCCUCGGUCAGUGUACCGAAGACAGAAGUGUAAAGACAGUCUCUACUUCUUCUCUAUAGACACGGUACAUGUAACCUGCUGGUUUGACGAUGUCACAGCUGAGGUUGUUCGAAUACAGCCAGUCACAUUUGUACCACGGUGUUCAUGACAGAUUUGUGAUAAAUGUUUACCACGA